GAAGGCGCGCGCGGUUUGCCGCGGUGCCGCCGACGCCAAUUCAAAAAUGGAAUUCUAAAGUGACGGCACAAUAAUACAGAUUAAUAAAUAAUUCGUAUCGAUCUAUCGGCAACUCGAGUCGUAGUGGUUGUAGAUGUUUGUGUGAAUCGAUUUUUUUUUUAUAUUGAAUUUUUAAUACAGUGCGCUAGCGUGUUCCAGUGAGUGAAAUACGACCCCUAUAGUUUUGAAACAGGCCUAACGAUUCUCCAUCAGCAAUGCCAUCGCACCCAAGGUUCAGCAGACUAGAGGACGACUAUAUCGAGGUGAUGUGGCGUCGAGGACAAAGUCGGUCACCAUAGCAAUAUUAUUGUCAAGUUGGAUUGGGGAGAUUCAAAGAUGAAUCUCCUCAACAUGGACGCGGAGAACCGCGUGGUUCUGAAUGUGGGCGGCAUCCGACACGAGACGUACAAGGCCACGCUGAAGAAGAUCCCUGCCACCAGACUCUCGCGGUUGACGGAGGCGCUCGCCAACUACGACCCCGUGCUCAACGAGUACUUCUUCGACAGGCACCCGGGCGUCUUCGCGCAGGUCCUCAACUACUACAGGUAACUCCUCAACUACUGCAAGGAAACUCCUUAACUACAGAAGAUCCCUGCCACCAGACUCUCGCGGUUGACGGAGGCGCUCGCCAACUACGACCCCGUGCUCAACGAGUACUUCUUCGACAGGCACCCGGGCGUCUUCGCGCAGGUCCUCAACUACUACAGAACCGGCAAGCUCCACUACCCCACGGAUGUAUGCGGGCCGCUGUUCGAGGAAGAGCUGGAGUUCUGGGGACUGGACGCCAACCAGGUGGAGCCGUGCUGCUGGAUGACGUACACACAGCAUCGAGAUACACAAGAAACCCUGGCCGUCCUGGACCGCUUGGACCUGGACACGGAGAAGCCAUCUGAUGAGGAGGUGGCGCGCAAAUUUGGCUUCGAAGAGGAUUACUACAACGGCACGGUGUCGUGGUGGCAACAACUCAAGCCUCAGAUGUGGUCACUGUUCGACGAGCCGUAUAGUUCUAAUGCUGCCAAGAUUAUCGGUGUGAUAUCAGUGUUUUUCAUUUGUGUAUCAAUCAUAUCGUUCUGCCUGAAAACGCAUCCGGAUAUGAGAGUGCCAGUGAUAAGAAACUAUACAGUGACCACCGCGAACCAAACGCAGAGUUGGGCGUUGGACAAAGUGCAAACAAACGCCCACGUAGCGUUCUUCUACAUCGAAUGUGUGUGCAACGCGUGGUUCACUCUCGAAAUCCUCGUUAGGUUCAUCUCCUCCCCCAACAAGUGCGAAUUCAUCAAAUCCUCCGUCAACAUCAUCGAUUACAUCGCAACAAUGAGUUUCUACAUCGACUUGAUCCUCCAGAAGUAUGCGUCUCACGUCGAGAACGCUGACAUUUUAGAAUUCUUCUCCAUCAUCAGAAUAAUGAGACUGUUUAAAUUGACAAGGCACUCGUCCGGCCUUAAGAUCCUCAUUCAGACUUUUAGGGCGUCCGCCAAGGAGUUGACGCUUUUAGUGUUUUUCUUAGUGCUCGGUAUUGUGAUAUUCGCGAGCCUGGUGUACUAUGCGGAGAGGAUACAGACAAAUCCGCACAACGACUUCAACAGCAUACCACUGGGGUUAUGGUGGGCGCUGGUCACCAUGACGACGGUGGGGUAUGGUGACAUGGCGCCCAAGACUUACGUUGGUAUGUUCGUCGGAGCACUUUGCGCGUUGGCUGGUGUGCUGACGAUAGCGCUGCCCGUGCCCGUCAUAGUGUCAAACUUCGCCAUGUACUACUCGCACACGCAGGCGAGAGCUAAGCUGCCCAAGAAGAGGCGAAGAGUCAUCAACGUGGAGCCGACCAGGCCACCGAUGCGUGCUCCAGGAGUGCCCGGUGGUCCAGCAGGACCCAUUGCACCAGGUAUGGGUCCACAAGCUGUAAAUCGAAGAAUGAAUGCCAUUAAGACAAACCAUCCAAAAGACAUGAUAGGACCUAACAUGGUCGCAAGCCUAAUGCCGGGAAUGGAUUUAACAGUAGCAACCCGCCUUACUCCAAGCCCUCGCGAUAUGAGCCCCGCUCUAGCAAUAGCUAUACCGAUGAUGAAGUCAGUCAACUUGGUGCCAGCACAGUGCUUCGAUAACAUGGCAUAUCACACUGAAAGACCAGAAGAAAAACCCACUGAAGAAAGUAAAAAUUGUAGCAGACACGAUUCGGUUGAAAGUGAUAACACAGUCAAGGCAAAUGAUUAUAACAGCGAGCAUUAUGACAAAAUAGAAGAAAAGACAGAUGCAAGGACACCUCUCCUUAGAAAUCAUAAAAUAGAAUCACUUGAUGAAAAUAAACUUAGGGACACCAACAUCGAAAAGAGAAAAUCAUCAGCUUCAACAUAACGAAUAAUAAAUAACAGUUAUAAAGUUAUUAACAAAUAAUACUGUAUGAUAUCGAACUAAUAUUACUAUUAAGUUAGUGAAAGAGACCAAUAGUAUACUAAGAAUUAUUUUGGAAUUACGAAAGCACGCUAUAUUUGUAAUAUAUUAGAAUCAAAGCGAUUUGGGUAAAAUGGCUAAAGCCUAGAAAAAUAAUGCUAAAAAUAAAAUUGAAUUUGUAAUUAACAAUUUAAUAAUACUAAUUUAUUUUCUAUUAAAUUAACUAUGGUAAUACAUAAAAGUGUAUUAAAAAUGUAAAUUGAACAUUCAAUUAGAAGUAUUUUUUGCUAAAUACAAUUCAUCAGAACUUUAAGAGUUAAGCAUUAAAGGCCGUGAUAGUUUUAAGUUGUAUAUUAAGAAAAGUCUAAACUAUUUUAAAUUUAAAAAUAUUCAUGAAGUACGUAAUUUUAUUACCAUAUAUUGUGUUACAUAUAAAAGUACUAACUAAAAUUGUUGAAGCAUAAGUUAUUGACAUAAAUUCGUACUAUCUACUAAUCCAUUUUACCCAUCGUUUUCCAUUCUUCCACGCUUUUUAUCAUUUUUCAUUUUACUAAUAACUUUAUCGACUGCAAAUUUUGACCUUUAUAUUAAUACCUCUACAUAUUUUUUAAACAUAAGCCUUGUUAAAACUUCACCAUCCCUUUUUACGUUGUUAUUUUUGUUCAAAUUUAUUCUCAUAAGCAAAUCCAAUUUCAAUUUACAAUAUUCAGUUCCAGCGACGAGUGUUUACAACAUGAAUGCACCGUCAGAAAAGUAAAGAAUUUGAUACUCAAUUGAAUAAAAAAAAAUUAAAACCAACAAACUUUAUGUGAUAUGAUCUUUUCGCAAAUUCACAAUAAAUCACGAAAAUAAGAAAAGGUUUUUUAAGAAAGAGUAGGCAGUAAACUAAUUUGGGUCAUACGAGUAGAUUGAAAUGGAAAUGGUACUCUAGAAUACAAUGUGCCAUGAAAGUAUUACCAACAUAUCUAACAUAAUGUCCAUUGUAAUUUAAGGAGCACAUAACUCAAAUAUAAAUAACUUAAAGUUCUCUAUCAUCUGAUUUAUGUACUCGUAGGUAUAGCAACUUAGUCUUCAUUCCGAUGAUUACAAAAUAAUUCUUUUGCAAAAAAAUGCAAUGUCCCAAUUAUGGUAAUCUCAGAUUUGUUUGAAGAUGAGAAAUUACAACUGAAUUUCAAUUGAUAUGGGAACAACUCAAAUUUGUCUAGCAAAGUGUAACUGGAAUACCUCGAAGCGUAAUGGCUGCUGGCAUAUAUGCUCCACAUAACGAAAUUUAACACGAUACGAAAUGUUGUAAAAGUUUUCACAUUAGUUUCCUUAAAAGACCAUACAUUUGACUCCGACUUGUAUUGCAGCUAUAAAAUUGUGUACAAGUCGUGUUGCACUAGAAAGUGAAAGAUUCAGAUAAAAUAUCUACAUUUGCGUGUACAUCUUACUCAUGGUUACAUACAUGUUUUAACAUACGUAUGUAUGUAAUAAUUAGUAAAGUGACAAUGACUUUUGUAAGGCUGUUGCAUAUUUUCGAGUUUUAAGGCACGAGUCUUAAAUUAUUAUUUAUAUUUAAUAUAAUCACAUCUAUCCAAUGUCUAUCAUAUCCAUAUCAUAUACUUAUUCAUGUUAAGUAACUAUAUUGUAAUUUUUACCAAACAAUGCUGAUAAUUCUGGAACGUAAAGCUCUUAGACAUUGAAAUCAGGUCACAAUGGAAGGUUCAAUUUGUAAAUUGAAACUUUUCGUAGUAUUUCAAUGUCAUUGAGAAUUAGGGUUCUGGAAUUUUAGUUAAAUAUAGUUGUUAAUAAUCAUUUAGCUAAGUGACUUUAUAGAAUAUUUAAUGUUCAUGGUUUUUUUUGUGUCAUAUCUAACUAGUAUUACUAUCACGUAUCACGGUUUUACGAAAUACCAAUUUGAUAAAUUUUGAUUUUGUAAUUUGUUAAAUAUGUUUAUUAACAUCCUAAAAAAAUUCAACAUCUAUUUUUGAAAAAAAAAAUUAUGAGCCUUACUUUAAAAUCUAGUUCAUAUUUGCAUUAAUAAACAGCUUGUUAAAUAAGUCAAUGCAUGAUUUAUGACCUUUAUGUACCUACCUAAUACGAGUAUAUUAAACUUUUAAGUAACUUACUUUUACACACUAAACGUUUUAUUGUGCUAAUUACCUUUUCUCAUAUUUGUUUUAUUUAAGCAAACAUUAAUUAUUAUAGAUGUUAUAUGAGCAUUUUGUUCUGACACGACGUUAAUGUAAUAUUAAUUGGAUAUGACAACCCUAGCGGAAAUGUUAUCGACAUCUGCUUCUCGUACAAAUAUGACGUGGACAGAAAAGGUUCCAGAUGCCAAUAACAUUUUCUCAUCAAUCAAUUUCCUUUAUGCUGUACGAAUAAAGGUCUAUAUUACGUUAUCUUGCUCAUUAUGAUUUAUAUAGAAUUCAUUUCAUUCGAGAAUAUGUUUUACCGUUUCUAUAUAGUCACUUAGGGUCUAUUUUGAAAUAUCAGUCAAGUGUAUUGUCAGUGACGUAUUCAUAUUACAUCGAAAUGAAUGUUGUAUGAAAAUGUGACAUAUACGUAAUGUAAUAACUGACUGAAUACUCCAGAACUAUACAAUUCGACGAUUAAUUAAUAUCUUUUAUUCAAUUUGUAUGAAAUCUCAUACCAAUUGCAUCAAGUUAUUGUAAAAUCUGAUUGAUGUAUCUUAAUAGACACAUGCCUAUCAUAUUAACCUAACAUUAUCUAGUCAUUCAGUUAUGUUGGAACUAGUUAAAAGCAUAAUUUUAUUGGAUUCAACCUAGCUGCAGAGCUGUUCUUUAUUGCCCACAAACAUAUUGAUAAAAAUAUUUUAAACGACUUCACUACUGACAUGUUGUUGGAUCGUGGAGUGUAUUUUACGUCACACAAUACAUUUUUGAAUUUUUUAAUAUCUCUGUGACAUAACUGGAACAUUCUAUCGCUAUAUACUAAUCAUUGAUUUAAUAUGCCAAUAGUUCACUGGUAAAGUAUGUUAUCGGAUAAAACAGGGCAUUCUGGUUCAGCUGAGCUGUCUUUCAAAUCGGUGGAGUAACUACAAACAGAUAAACUGGAUAUUUCAAAGGUAAAUGGCUUACUGUUCAUUUUGAGUUAUAAAAUAUUAGAAAAAUACUGUGAAUAAUUACAAAAUGUUAAUGCCAAAAUAUAUUGAACAAAAACACUAAUGAAGGAAAUUUUCAUUAGAUAGUAAAUGCGGCAGGAUGUAAAUAUUUAACGUGAAUAUAUUAUUUGUACCAAUUGGACCUUUUAGAACCUUUUAGAACAUAAAACUCAUAAAUUUAGUUUAGUAUCAAAACUUUGUUAACUCAUUAGGACAGAAUUACAGAAUACAAACAUAUACGAUGUCUUUUAUUGUUACUACUAGUAACAAUAAAAGACAUCGUAUAAUAUAAGAAAUCGUUCCAUAUAAGGAACGUAAGUGUAAGCGAAAUUGACAUAGGAAAUGAUUAAUAGCCCGAGACCGUUCAUAACGAGCUUACUGCGCGUAUAAUGAUAACAGUAAAGAAAGGAAAUGUAUUUUGUGAUGUCAAACUUGAUGCUCCAAUCACUGAUAACAACAGAUAUCAAAGUACCAUAUAUGGAACUAGCAGCUUUGCAGCUAGGAUUUAUGUGCUUCAACUAUAUAUAGGUAUAAUUAAAGAUACUCAUAUGCCUUUAGACAUAACGGUCCAUUUCAGAAAAAUGCUUGUUUAGAAAAUAAAUUGAAUUAAAAAGGCCUUUAUGUUUCUUAAAUAAAUGUUUAAAUAUUUUUUCUUCAAUUAACAGCAUACAAAUAUAUUGAAUUUCGAAAUAUGUUAGCUUCAACACACGCAUACACUUGGAAAUCUCUUUUAAAAUAAACGCUACAAAGUACAAGUAAUCAAAAAUAUUGGAGUAAGCUGGUGAGCAUUCAAUUGCUCGAAAGAAAGAAGCCUGGCUAUAAUCGUUGACCUUUAAAAGUAAUGAUGUUAAAAAAAAUAAUAACAAAAUCGACGAUUCAAAAUGAAAAUAUUGUGCCUAUUGUUCCAAAAUAAACGUUAAUGAAACAAUUCUUCAACUCACGCAGUAGACGACCACAAAGGAAGUAGAUUACAACGAAUUUGCCCUAAAUUCAAUCAAACAGAACAAAUACUUAACAUUUUUCCUAAUUAAAUAAUUCAAAGCAAACAUUAUGUGAAUGCUUAAGUAUUAAUUUAAUAUUUCAUGCUUCGUUAGUCAAAUAAUAUAAAAGCCUGCUCACAUUGCUCCAAUAGCAUUCCAGUUCAACGAUCCAAUCAAUUAUAUAUAUUUAUGGAGAGCUCAAAAGAGUGGGUAACAUAAAAGGUAAAAGUAAGGUGUUGUGACUAUAAUUAUAUUACUACGAGUAUGUGGGCCUUAUAAAGUAUCGCAGAAACUUAUUUCCUCAAACCAAAAUGUCUUUUGAAGCCUCUGCUUAGUAGAAGACCUCAAAUAGGUAGGUUUACAUUUCUCACUAUACCUACGGGCAAUUGGGCGCUGAAUCUCUUACCUGAGUCGAGCCAGAGUUGACUUACUCGAUGAUUUACUUAGAACAAUGUAAACUGCGCUUAAGAAUUAAUAUAUCAUUCAUUGGGCAUGAUUCGAGCUUGGACUCUAUGUUAAAACACUUCAUAAGUUCAUAUAUUGUUGUAACCUUAAAUAUCGAUAAACUUACACACAACUUUUAUCGACACAUGAAGUAGAAUAACUAAACAAGCAUUUUUCAUCUUUAUAUUAUAAAAGUAUAAUUCUAUAAUAUCGUAUAGUUAAUGAUCACUGUAAAUAAAUAAAAAACAAAAUAUACUAGCGUUAAUAAUUUUAUAUCUCAACAUAAAAUCACUAGAACACAUAUCAUCGGCACUCUCUUUCAUUCUUGGUGUUAUAUUAUUUUUAUACGUGUAUAAAUAUAGAUGUUAAAAUAUAUUAUUAUCAUAGACAUAAGGCUUAGAUAGUUGACUAUGAAAUGUUUUAUACUAUUUACCAAAUAUCGCUGCAAAUUAAGCUACUUAUCUGAAGAUCGGAGGUCAAACUGACCGUAGGCUGACACCGCCAUGCUGCAUAUUUUAGAAAAUCACAAAAAAUAAAAAAAAAUCAAUAUCUAAAAACAACAUUUUUUUUAUAAUCAGCAGCAUUAAAUUUUAUGAUAUUAAAUAUCUAACAAGCUUUAGUUUGUCUUAAAAAUCAAUUAAUUUUAUUAGAAGUGUAAGUUAUGUGUAUUUUCUGGUAUUACAUACUGAGUUUUCACGAAAAAUAUAAUAACUAUCUUCACAUUGUGAAUUUAAUAUCAUGAUUUUUCUUAUAUUAAUAUCAUAAUGUUACUUAAUUAGUGUAAAUUCAUUUACCCGUACUAAUUAUUAAUAAAUUACUGUUAUCGAUUAUAACGCUUGUAUAAAACGUACAACACUAUAUGCUAGGGCUUAAUUUGAAGUGAUAUUCGAUAAAUUGUUCGAUAAAAUAUAAAUAUUUCACUGAACCGCUUCUCGAUUUAAUGUUACCUGUCCAUUUUACAAGAUUUAAAAUAUGAAAAAAAUAUAGAACGUUGUAUGUUAUUUUGUUAGAAUUUGGAUAUUAUUUUAUAUUUUAAAGCUUCCUCUCUAAUUAUACUUGUACCUGUACUAGAUUAAUAUAAUAUAAUAAUUAUUAUAUUCAUCUGAAAUAAAAAUGUAGAAUUAAUAAUCAAAUGAAAAUAUUAAAUUAAUGACAUUUUACUUUGUAAAGCCUACAUAUUACAAAGUAUAUAUAAUUAUAAUUUUGUAGUAAAUAUGAUGCAUCAAGUCAGCCAUUGACGGUCAAUUAUUCUCACGUUUCUGCAGCGCAAACGUCUGCCAAGACGUUUCAUAAGUCGAGCCGUCAUGCACGCAGCUCAGUACGCGAUCAGUUAUAGUCGUGGGUGCUGCAGAAAUGUGAUAAAAAUUGAUCGUCAAUGGUGUGCAUCAGACAUCCCUCUGGAUUCAUACAUUUUAUAUGAAUAUGCGCACUGGUCAUAAUGCAAUAGGGUGUUUAUGAGUGUGUAAAUAUUGUAUUAGUACAAUUAUACUUCUCCUUUGGGACUUUUGAUGCAUCAUAUGCGAAACUAAUUUGAAACAGAAUUGUAAUAACGAAAUAGAGUUAUUUAUUGCCAAGCUUUUUGAACUGAUUUUGAACAUUAAAUGAUUGAUUUAGAGCAUGAAAUGCAAGUAAUUAAAAAUCUUAUUUAAAUGCAUUUAGAUAGCACAAAGUUAAUUUAUAUGAAAACUAGCGGACGCCCGCGACUUCGUCCGCGUAAAUUUCGAUGUCAACUUUACUACUACCCCUACCCUACCCUACCCCUACCUCUACCCUACCCUACCCCCACCCUACCCCUAUCCUACCCCUAUCCUACCCCUACCCUACCCCUACCUUACCUACACCCUACCCCUACCUUACCUACACCCUACCCCUACCUUACCUACACCCUACCCCCAUCCUACCCCCACCCUCCCCGUACCCUAUCCCUUUCUCACCCCUAUCCCACCCGUACCCCUAUCUCACGCCUAUCCUACCCCUACCCUACCACUUCCCUAUCCUACCCGUACCUCUACCCUACCACUACCCUACCUCUACCCCUACCCUACCACUACCCUAAACCCGUCCCUAAACCUACCCUACCCCUACACAACCCUACGCUUCCCUACCCGUACCCUACCCUACCCUGUAACUUCUCUACCUUACUCCUACCCUUAGCAAAAUCGGUUCAGUCCUUCGAGAGUGGUGGUAUGUCCAAGAGAAAUAGAGACUUCUAUGCUAAUAAUAUAAAGAGGUAAAGUUCGUGUGGUUGUAGGAGGUAAUCUCUGGAUUUACUGGACCGAUUUGGAAAAUUGUUUUACCAAUAGAAAGCUACGUUAUUUGCGAGUGUCAUAGGCUAUGUUUGAUCCCCAUAUUCACACGGGAACGGGAACUACGUAAAUGAAAGCGCCGGGCGUCAUAAAGCGGAAUUAUUGCGUCUUUUAGAAAUUUUGUAUUAUCUCCGAAACUAUUUAAGUAAUUAACAUACUGUAAAGGGCAAAUCUUAUCUCCAUAAUAUCCUUGUGAUUAAUAAAUAAUUUAUUUUAAUAAGGAUUAAAGUUUAGUUGUAUAAAUAAUGACGUAAACCUAAGUAUAUAAAAUUAAUAAUUUUUAAAACACAAAAGGUACUAUAUCUGCUAAUAUAUAGAAGAUAGAUAUAUCGUGUCGCGGACUUUUUUGUAGAACUUUUAAGGAUACAUAAAGUCUCCAUACAUUUAUUUCAAUUUUACACAAUAGUUAAGGCAGCGCAUGCGAAUAAGUCUGUUUAAGAGGAGUUCAGUCCGACCUGUAUGACAAAAACUGUGAUAACUCGGCUAAUAUAUAUGAUAUCAAUAUAAAAUAUAGCCUAUAGCACUCCCCGAUAAUGUAGCAUUCUACUGGUGAAAGAAUUUUUAAAAUCGGACCAGUAGUUCCGAAGAUUACCCCAUUUAAAAAAUGUGACAAACUUACAAACUUACAAACUUUACCUCUUUAUAAUAUUAGUAUAGAUUAGUAUAGAUGUUAAAUUAAUUAAAUUAAAUCAUUAUAAUUAUUAUUAAUAUUGUGUAAAUUUAUUGAACCAAUUGUAUAGUGAGAUAAACUUGUAUGAUUAGUUGAGUUCACGUGUCUUAUAAUUAUUAUUAUACUGAAAUAAUUAUGGAAGGUUAUUUAACUAACAUUCUAUAAAAUGACCAUUUUCUUAUAGAGGUACAUACAUAAGCCAUGAAUUUGGAAUGUACUGAGUGAGACUUGUACCUAAUAGUUGGACUUAUCGAAAUUCCAUUUAUGUUGGUGUUAACCCGACAAAUUUAGGAAACAUUUAGUGAGUAACUUAGUGAAAAGUGAACUGAAUAAGUUCAGAUUGUAAUACAAGAAAUGUUUGAGCAUACACCUACAAAAAGUGGAUUUUCGAUAAUUUCAAUUUCAUAAGUACCUACUCUAUGGAUUCAGCGGAGCAUUGGUUAUGGGAUACGUCAUUUUGUCGUAAUAAAUUUUCAACUAAUCGUAUCUGGUAUCCGAUUUAUAAAACACAAAAAACUGUUUGUUUAUUUAAUUCAAUAUUUUAUUCGGUUUAUGGUUGUACAGUUUUUAUUUAUCUAAAAUUAUUUCAUCUAAGGAUUAAUAAGGACAAAUCUGAUGAUUAUUUAACUAGAGUUUUAUACAAUUUUUUAUUACCUAAGCUCCAUUCUUUAAAUAUAAAAUUUAUAAAAAUUCAUUAAGAGAUACAACAAAAUGUAAAAAAUAUAAAAAUAAUUUGAUACCAAUAAUAAUAAAAUAAUAAUAUAUAACAUUAUUUAUUUAAUUCAGUUUUAUAUAUUUUUUACAAUUUAUUUUUAGCAAGCUCUAUAAUAUUGUUUCAAAAAUGAAAAUAUUAAAUUAACGAUUAUUUCUAAUUAUAUAAAUAGUAAGAUAUAAUAUGAUAAAAAUCUUGAAUCCUUUUAGUUGGUUGUCGCACAAGUUGACGUAGGUUAAGGCUUACAGUGAGUAAACAGGGCUUGUAUCUUAUUGUAUAGCGUUCUAUAUACAUUAUAUAUUAUACAAUUUUGAACAAUACGAAAACAUAUUUGAAAUAUUGUUCAUUAAAUAUUUGAAAAUCA